UGAGCGAUGUCAUCUGUAUUGUUUGGAACUUUGAAGUGCUACUAUUUUUAUUUUCAUGUAUCAAAAAUGAAAUUUGAAUUUUGUUUUAUUAUAAGUCAAUAAUAUUAGAUAGUUAUUUUACUAUAUUUAUAAAAAACUAGUUUCUAAUAUAAGUUAUUAGUUGGAUCUGAAUAAAAUUGCAAAAACAUGUUGUCCCGGUUUCACCAUUAUCAUGGUUCAAAUAUUAUUUUAUUCGAAGACAAUACAGUGGCAUACAGAAAAACAAGUUUUGCUCACGGCCUGACUUUUAGCGAGAAGCCUCUAUUACCCGGUGAAAUAUUUUUAGUUGAAAUAGAAAAAACGGAACGAGGGUGGAGUGGUCAUAUGCGCCUCGGUCUAACACUACUUGACCCACAGACCGCCGCGCUAGGUGAUAAAGGUUUACCCCAAUACGCACUACCCGAUCUCGCUAAUACGGGUAUGUCAUGGAUCUUUCCUAUAUCGAAAUCUCAGAACAAUGUUAUAAGUACUUUUGAGCUUGUAAAUCAAGGAUCAGUUCGUCGCGAUAACGACUCCAGAGUAUCGGUUCUUGGAAAUGGUCACAGCGUCCGAACUCCUAGAGGAUUUGUUUCCAAAAUGAUUCUAAGGCCUCAGAAUUUGUCUCAAAAGGGGUCACCACAGGGUAUUUUGCCUAUGGACGCAGGAAGUCGCAUUGGAGUUAUGUAUGUACCAUGCCCAAAGACUAGCAAAGAUGAACCUGACCUGGCAGAAAUGCAUUUCAUAAUAAAUGGCGAAGAACAGGGUCCUUGUGCUAAAGCUAUACCUUACAUGAGUGGGCCCUUACAUGCAGUGGUAGACGUAUAUGGGACAACAAAACGAGUAAAAAUUAUUCAAUUAUAUGGAGUGAAUAGUCUACAGAAUAUAUGCCGAGAUGCCAUACUUCAAUAUGUUAAAAAUAAUUCUGUUAAAUCAUUACCUCUGCCCCAGUGUUUGAAGGAUUACCUGCUCUCGUAGAUAUGUGCAGGAAACUUGAUUUUUUUGUGAUGACAAUAAGGCUGUUGAUAAAUUUUACUUUUUAUUGGUCAUUUGGUGUUUGUAUUCUCAAGGUUUGUAAAUAUUUGGUACUUUAUAAUAAUAUUUUAAGUAUUGAUAAAUUUAUGAUAUUCUGUGUAAUGAUUUGAUAUUAGCAUUUUAAAUUUUCUUUAAAGGAGAUAUUAAAACCAGCCAGAUAUCGACCAUUUUAUUUGAGCUUUGUUACAAAACAAUAUUUCUUAUUGAACAUAAUUAAGGAAUGGAUUAGGUUUAAAUAUUAUUAUUAAAUAAAUUGUCUUUAAGAUUUUAACACUUUGAAGGUAACUGUACCAGUCACAAUGUUUAUUUAAGUACUCUAUCAAUUGAAUGAGUUUUAAAUGUAAAUUUAGUUUUGUUCGCAAUUGUUAGUAGGGUAAACAUUUGAAAUUUGUAAUUAAUCAACUGUUGAAAUUACUAGGUUAAUUAAAUACCUAGGUUACUUGUGAUGAAAUAUAGAUGGAUAUUUCUAGUGCGGAGUGCCAAAAAAAUUAAGGUACUAGAUUAUUAGCAAAGCUUUUACUUCACCCAUUGAAUGGUAAAAAUAUAAAUUACUGAUAUAAUACAUCAAUUAAAUCUUGCAGUUUGUCGAGUUAAAUAAACUUCAGUGUUUUAUUAUAUUUCCUUAGAAAAAGUGUAAAAGAAAUAUUUCUUCUAUGCUUUGCACAGAUUAAUUGUUACUUUUAUGAUAUCUGGAAUGCACUAAAUAUAAAAACUCUUUUUAUGUUUAGAACAAUUCUCUCGGUAGGAAUUUAAAUUCGGUAACAAUGCUGUUGUUAAUAGUUAUUAAGUUUAUUAUAUCAGUUUGGCAUAUUUUUCACUGCAAUUAUUGAUUUUAAGGCAGCAAGAUCGGUUACAAUUGUUAUGAUUAUAUUUAUACAUCUUGGUGCUACCUUUGUAUGUAUAAUAACAUGUGGUUAUAUGUAUAAUAACAUGUGGUUAUUUGAAGAGACACUGACUCUGGUCUAAUGAUUUAUUUAUUGUUUACCAUUACACGCUUUUCCACAAUUAUAAUAUACCUUCAUAUUUA